CCGGAAGUGUCAAGUUAGUAGAUUGAAAAGUUCCCUUUUGUCGUAUGAAUUAAAUAAUAAUCGCAUCCUAACAUUACACAUGUACAAUAAUAGAUGUUCAUCUAUGUACCAUGCUUUAUUAGACGAAAGACGUACUAAUAGUGCCGUUUUUACGAGUCUUUACCGAGUGUUACACGAGAUGUAUCCGAGAAACAUCCGAGCACUUACCGUGCUUCUAAAUGCGUCUCAGAUUUCACCCUUGACUCAACAGUUGGGCGCGAAGGUUUACUCGUUGUUUUAUGGCCGAUCACGCUUCAUAAACACAUCUUUAUCAGUCUUCACAGCUGCGUGUGAUGUUUAGCUAAAAGCCAAACAAUUCUCCGAUUGUUUUUUCCCGAUUUCUGUGUUAGAAAUCGGCUGCCUCACCUUAGAAUGCCGCUCGUAAAACGGCUAAUCAUCCUUUCUAUUGCAAUGGCGGGAUUUGUUGUGGCUGCACUGGUAUUUAUGCAAUCACAGUCGACGCCAGGCGGCUUCUCGGCUUGGAGCGAGUGGAGCGUGUGCACUAGAACGUGCGGUGAAGGACUACAGGGGAAAAUUCGUAAAUGCAAUAGCCCCACCCCAGGGCCCUUUGGUAAACGCUGCACUGGAGCCAAUGUGAUCACACGAAAAUGCAAGGAGGCACACUGUCCAAUAGAUGGAGGGCUGUCUGAAUGGAGCGAGUUUGGUAAUUGUGAUAAGUCUUGUGGAAGAGGUGUGCAAAAGAGGGUGAGAACAUGCACCAACCCUUCGCCUCUGUUCGGUGGUAAAGACUGUGCUGGGGCUAUGGAAGAGACAAAGGCCUGCAACACACAUCCUUGUCCUGUUAACGGUGGCUUCUCGGAAUGGAGUGUGUUCAGUAACUGUACCCUGGAUGAUGGUUACUGUGGGGAGGGUAAAAAAGUCAGAACACGGACGUGUACCAAGCCAACACCUGCAUUUGGGGGUAGACCAUGUUCGGGACCUGUGGCUGAAACUCACUCUUGCAUUAUACCAUGCCCUACAACUCAGAAAACAACAACAAAACCAUCUACGACAUCACAAGAUGCACCAACAAACUUGACUGCGACAGCUGUGUAAGCGUCUGUGAGAAAAUAUAACUUAAAAAAGUUUAUCACCUUAUGCACUAGUCAAUUGAAACCCCCACCCUCAUGGUCCCGGAAAGGGUGGGGUAUUAGACUUUGACCCUGUACAAAACUAAGAAAAGCCCCCACCCCUACGGGACAAAACUGCAGUCAAAUGUCCCUACCCCUCGGGAUGCAAACUGAAAAAAGCCUUUAUCUUUCAAAGCCAGUACUCUUCAGUGGGUACCUAUUUUUCAAUAACUAUAAAAAUAACAGUUAUUUGAAAAAAGAAACAAAUAAUUAUCCUCAUAUGGCAUUAGUUAUCAUUCAUAUUCGUUUUUGCACAUUUCGCCAUGCACUUUGCCACACGCUGAUACAUGGAAUUGCUUGCUACAGCAAAUUAGCUAAUUGGGUACAAAAAGCAUCAAUUAGGAUUCUUAGAAAUUCUAAGCAAAAGUUUUUAUCCCUGUCAUAUUUUCUAUAUCACGAUGAGUAAAGCAGAUUAAGAUUUGUAUGUCAUCAUAUUAAAAAAAAACUUCAGACUUAACUCUUCACACAUCAGAGUUUUACAAGGAUUUAGCAAAUCUUUUAGAUGGGAUUGCAGAUUCCAUUGCAAAUUUCGUGAUAUGGAUGUUAGGCAUAUUGUGGGGGGGGGGGGGGGGGGGAGGGGGGAGUGGGGAGGUUAUUUACAGAUAUAAGCAGUUUAUAUCAUACAGGGAGUAAAAAUCCUCCCAGAACCAUAAUAAAACAAAUUUUCAGUGA